AUGAAUUUUACCAGGAUAUUUAGUUUUGCAUUCAUUUUUGUUAUGGCGUUUAAUAUCGCUUUUAGCGCACCAAGCCCAAGAUGGAAUCCAUUUAAGAAACUGGAACGACUCGGACAAAACAUUCGCGAUGGAAUCAUUAAAGCAGGUCCCGCCGUCAGUGUCGUCGGUCAAACAGCGUCAAUUAUUAAGACAGGAAAAUGA